AUGGGACUAAUUUGGAGGAAAGACUACUUGGAUCUUGUUUUAGUCCCAAGUGGUUUACUUUUCAUGUUUGGAUAUCAUCUAUUCCUUCUGUACAGAUACUUAAAGUUCCCUGAAACCACAAUCAUGGGGUUGGAGAAUCAUAACAAAAGAGCUUGGGUUGAAAGAAUGACUAAGGUUGAUGUCAAGGACCGGGGACCGGCAAUAAAUGUGAUCAGCAGCAACAUAUCUGCAGCAACUUCACUUUCUUCAAUCUCCCUUGUUCUCAGUUCCUUAAUUGGUGCAUGGAUUGGGAGUUCCUCUGUAAACAUUUUUAGAAGCAGUUUUGUUUAUGGAAGCAUAGACUCAUCUGUUGUUUUCAUCAAAUACAUAGCUCUUCUCUCCUGCUUCCUGGUUGCUUUUGUUUGUUUUUUUCAGACAGCAAGGUAUUUAGUUCAUGCCAAUUUCCUCAUAAGCAUGCCAAAUAGUGAUAUCCCAGUAAGAUAUGUUGAGAACGAAGUGAUAAGAGGAAGUAAUUUCUGGCUCAUUGGCAUGAGAUCACUUUAUUUUGCUAUGAAUUUGCUGCUUUGGAUUUUUGGUCCAAUCCCGAUGUUUAUUUGUUCAGUUUUCACAGUUGGCGUGUUGCUUAAUCUUGACAGAAAUACUACUCCAUUGCAUCAGUAUACACCACUUGUGAAUCAUGACUUACAGAAGACUGGUCAAGAAGUAACAGCAGUCACCAAUGGAGCAUCAUCAGAGAUCGCAAGAGUCGAAACAGAAUAUCCGGUGUCUAGUGAUGGACACUGCCAGCAAGCUACAAUUUGUAGACAGUAG